GUCGCUUUCGAUGUCCGGAAAGAGUUCAUGUUGAGGACUUGUUCAAUCAAUGCGCAAGUAGCCUGCACUCCUUGAAAGUGGGUGCACAACCGUAUCCCGAGUUUGUAGGCGCUACCAGGGCCUUGCCAGUUUAGAGAAAGAGGGUAUGCUAAGGUCUUUGACCAAGUGCCUGCUGACGAACCCUGUCAGUUUUUGUCGAAGGACCAUGUCGCACAGCAGUCUAGCAGGAAAAACAGCCAUAGUAACCGCAUCCACAGAUGGAAUCGGUCUGGCUGCAGCAGAGGCCUUGGGUCAACGGGGAGCGCAUGUCGUUGUGAGCAGCCGUCGCCAGGCCAACGUGGACAAGGCAGUGUCCCUACUGCGCAGCAAGAACAUCCAGGUCACUGGCACCACUUGCAAUGUUGGCAAUAGCGAGGAGAGAGAGAAGCUGGUGCAACUGACAGUGGAGCAAUGUGGUGGGGUGGACAUCUUGGUCAACAACGCAGCCGUCAAUCCAUUUUUUGGAAAUAUCAUGGACUCAACAGAUGCUGUAUGGGAUAAGAUCCUGGGUAUAAAUGUGAAAGCUGCUUUCCUGAUGACCAAACUAGUGGCUCCCCACAUGGAAAAAAGAGGGGGAGGAUCUGUUGUAUUUGUGUCAUCAGUUGCGGGGUACCAGCCAAUGCAGGCUUUGGGCCCAUACAGUGUGAGUAAAACGGCCUUGCUGGGUUUAACACGGGCCUUGGCGCCUGAACUGGCACACAGCAACAUCCGGGUCAACUGCGUGGCACCGGGCAUCAUUAAGACCCGCUUCAGCUCUGCGCUGUGGCAGAGUGAAGACCUUGUGGAUGAAUUCAAAAAGCAACUGGCCAUUAAAAGACUUGGGGAGCCAGAAGACAUUGGUGGGGUUAUCGCCUUCCUCUGCUCAGAUGAUGCUGCCUAUAUCACUGGGGAAACCAUAACAGUCACUGGAGGAAUGAGCUGUAGACUCUAAAAGUGUGUGUGCGCGCAUGCUUAAGUGUGUGUGUGUGAUUAAAAACAGCGCAAAUAAUGUCUGAUUACAUUAAUCCAGUACAGUCUUCUCCAGUGUACCCUUGUGUUAUGAAGGUGGUGGUGUACAUAAGGGAUUUAGGAUGUUGGCGCGUACUGCCUUAUUAGUGGUGACCAGUCCACCAGGUGGACAUGCAGCCACUGGAAACAAGAUUACAAAGACUUUUUAGAGCAUUUCAGGGAACUGUUUUUCCACACACUGGGUCUGUCUUUGUGGUUGAUCACUUUUCACUCGCGUUGAUUCUUGAAUCCAAAACAUUUCUGAAUGUUACCAAUCAACUUGACUAUGAUUUCGCCUGUGAUAUUUUCAAUAAUCCAACUCUGUGUAACUUGUAGAAAAUUGUCCUCUACACAGAAAAUGACAAACUAAUAAAUGGUUCCACUUGU